AUGCCUCGUGGUCACAAGAGUAAGCUCCGUGCUCGUGAGAAACGCCGCCAACACAGAGCUGAGGCCCAAAGUCCUAAGAGUGCCCAGGCCAUUGCGGGAGAGGAAGGAGAGGCUCCUUGCUCCUCCUCUUCUCUUCUGGGUGACCCUCCCUCGAGUGCCACUGGUGCUGGCCCUCUCCAGGCACCUUCGAGUGCCCCAGCCACCACCAGUGUUGCGGCAGGUGUUUCAUGUGAGAGAGCAGCUGGAAAGGCCAAAGGCUGUGCUCGGAAAAGUAAAAAUCCCUCCCGGGCUUCGCCUCCCCCUGAGAGCUGUGGCCUAGAUAUACUUACUCAAAAGGCGUGUAAGUUGGUAGAGUACCUGCUGUGUCAGUAUCAACUGAAGGAGCCCAUUAAAAAGGCAGACAUGCUGAAGAUUGUCCGCAAAUGGUACAGGAAGGACUUUUCUGAGAUUGUGAGCAAAGCCUCUGAGCACAUGGAUCUGGUCCAUGGUCUAGAAUUGAAAGAAGUCAAGCCCAGUGGAAACUCCUACACCCUUGUCGACAGCAGCGAUGAAAGUCUGAGCAGAGUUUGGAGAUUUCCUAUAAGAGGGAUUCUGAUGCCUCUCCUGGGAGUGAUCUUCUUGAACGGCAACCGUGCCUCUGAGGAGGAGAUGUGGGAGUUCCUGAAUAUGAUGGGCAUCUAUGAUGGAAUGUAUCACUUCAUUUUUGGGGAGCCCAGGCAGCUUAUCACCCAAGAAUUGGUUCAGGAGCAAUACCUGGUGUACCGGCGUGUGCCCGACACUGAUUCUCUAUGCUACGAGUUCCUGUGGGGUCCAAGAACCCAUGCCGAAACCAGCAAAAUGAAAAUCCUGGAGUUCAUAGCCAAGCUGAAUGAGAAAGCCAUCACUGACUUCCCGCAUCAUUAUGAAGAGGCUUUGCGAGAUGAGGAAGAGAGAUCUCAAGCCAGAGCCCAAGCCGAAGCCGGAGCUGGAUGUCAUUCCGAGGCCAGCGGUCACCUCACAGCCACAUCCUGCUGCUACCCGCACUCUGAGUGA